AUGUCAACUAGUAACAAACGUACUUCCGGCUCCCAGGGCUACGGAAGUAGUUAUACCAAUCCUUACACACCAUGGGCCUAUUUGAGGGAAGAUGAGCUGGAGGUCCAGUUAAACAAGUUCAAAACUGUUUAUACUGACGUUAUCAAUAAGCUCAUUAGAUAUGACAAGCAAAAGAUAUUCAGAUUCCCUGUGGAUACCACGAUCGUAACCGAUUAUCUCACAUACGUCAAACAUCCGAUGGAUUUUGAGACUAUGCUCAACAAGAACGAAGAAAGAGCGUACCAGGAUGAUAUUAAGGUAUUUGAUAAUGAUGUGUCGCUAAUAGUAGGCAAUUGUAAGAUAUACAAUGCCCCUGAGACUAUUUUCUAUGAAGCCGCUCUUAAGUUGGAGGAGGUGUACACGAAGCUUAGACCAUCUCUUUUGAAGAAGAUCACAGACAUAUCCAAUGGCAUCAGAAAACGUUGUUUGGGGGCAAGUUCAAAGUCUGCAGUGCGUCAAAAGAGCUAUCCAAACAUCCCAUUGCCCACAGAGGUAAAGCUUCCACCGCAGCCACUGAUAGAACCUUUGAAGCCCAAACACAUUAUAAAACCUGAGCCAGCUCCAAACCCUUCUGAAUCAGUGGAUAACAGUGAAACACAAAGCAUAGAGGGGGAAUUGCACGAUGUUGUAGCUGCCGUUGCAGCUGCCAGAAGGAAGAAGAAAAAGAACGAUAUGACAAAGGUCAAACCACUUGUUUUAAAACAGGAUAAAUCAAAUCCAAUAUCGAAUGCUAUACAGAUUGCACUAAGUGUUUCUGGGUUAAACAAUGAAACAUUUGGAAAACUUAUGAGUAAUUUUAAUGGAUUUCACAAAUUGCUAAAUACACUAGACAUAGCACAACAUCACUUAUCAAUGAAUCCACAUUCCAAGACAAAGUGGUUUAAUCAAUCAAUGAAGCCACUUAGACGUAUAAUUACACAUUUUGAAUGGAAAAAGACUUUUGAUUUUCCAACAUCCGCUGGAAGGAACAGCAUGUUCCGUAAGAUACAGAUUUUAAUGUCACGAUUAAAGAAGGACACUUAUAAAAAGAGUGUAGAAGACUUCAUAGGUCAGGAAAACUUGGAAAAAGUGAAUGAAGUUUAUCCGAAUUUAUCAAACACACUUUCUGAGCUCUGUAUACCAUACCAAAUAUUGUCGAAUACGACUGAAUUAAGAUUUUAA